UCUGUUUCACUCCUUUAAAAUAAAUUCUUUUUCAAACUGAAAAAAAUCAGUGAUUGUAUUGCAUAGCUUGUACUUUUGUUUUUAAGGGGAGAAUCUGAUUUUUAAAUACUGGCACCAUCAGCCCUGCUAAUGUUUCAAAAGGAAGGCUGCAGACGAACAAGAAUAUGAAAUGUUUUCUGUCUUACAUACAACAUGGGAUCAAGUGCUUCCUUUUCUCUUUGUCAAUCGCAGUCUGCAGUAAGUAUUGACCAGAACCAUGUCAAAGUCAGCCCAUUCAGUCCGUGCAUCUUUGGUGUAUCAUUAUCAAUCCUGCAAAAAAAUGGGAUGACACUGGAUGGAGUUCCAGCUGUUGUUCACAGUAUAGUGGAGUACAUAGAUAGCCACGGUUUGGAACAGAAAGGCCUUUUUCGUAUCAGCAGUUCACUUAAUAAGCUGAAACUCCUAAGAGAAAAAUAUGAAAGGGGAGAGGAUGUGGAUCUCUCAGAAGAAGGGGGUGUUGAGCAGGCAGCUUCUGUUUUAAAACUAUUUCUCCGAGAAUUGCCAGAGGCAGUAAUUCCCACUUCAGUACACAUUGCAAUUGGUAAUGCCUACAAAGACAAUAAAGACAAUCCUGCACUAAACCAUCAGAUAAAGAUGCUUUUGUUGGGUCUUCCCCAGGAACAUUAUAAAUUGUUUAAGUUCAUUGGUGCCUUCCUCAUUAAAGUGGCAUCUCACAGCGAAGUAAAUCAAAUGACCACGGAGAACCUGGCCACAGUAUUUGGACCCUGCAUUUUUCAUGUUCCAUUUGGAUCCGACAUGCAAGAAGAGCAGCUGCUGUGUAAUCAGAUCCUGUUGCACAUUCUGAGAAACUUUUCUGAUAUUGUGGAAGACAAAACAGAGGUCAGACAAGAAGUCUACACCGAGCAACAGGUCAUGGAGGUCUGUAGUGAAAUAUCUCCUUUGGCUGAGAGUUUGCCUCCAGAAGAAGAGAAUAGUGCUGAUCUUUUGCAGUCUCUUCAAUCAAGAGAUUUUCUAGUACAGGAAACAUCAAAUACUCCAACCCCUGUGCUUUUUGCCAAAUGUUUAGUUCAUUCUUUGCCAACGGAUGAAAAAGUGUGGGAGAUACGUGUGUCUCAAGUGCUAGAAAACUCUCCUUUGACAACUACUGGUACAUCUCAUAUUAAAUCUGAAGUUUCAAGACCAGAAGAAGAAAUACUGUUGUGCAGUGAAAAAAGUUUUUAUACUUCUAGCCACCAGGAUAUCAGGAAGGUUGAUAUAAAUCAUUGGGAAGUCACUGCUGCCUCCUUGUCUGCCAGAGAGCGCAGACGUCUACUGAAAGCACAGGAGGAAGGCUGCAGUAUCCAAAACUUACAGAACAAGAAUAAGGAAAACAUCCCAUGCAGCAUCUCCUCUGAUGAUGAAAGCCAGCUGAAGCUGAAUGAUUUUGUACCAUAUACUGAGAUAGAACACACAGAAUAUGGGAUUAAAACCUUUGAUGUUGAUUCUGCAGGAAAGAUGCCAGAAUUGCACAGUGGCCUAACUGCAUUACCAGAGCACAGUUACAGCCAGAACACAGAUAUAAAAUUACAGUACGUUCCAGUGUACAGAAACAACAUGGCACUUGCAGAGCUGGAGCACAGCCCAAAUAUUUCUUCACAGAAUAUAGAGGCAGAGGAUUUGCCAACCAGCAUGGUAAGCCCCCAGCAUGAUACUUCAAGUGACUUUCCAGCAUUUAGAGAGAGCUCCUUCUUGAAGCUGCAGGCCCUGGAAGUUGACCUGUGCUCCACGUUUCUGCCGUCGCAGGAGGACAGUGCCCAGGGACAGAACCACAAGGAGCCGAGCCUACCACCUGGACGCGGUGGCAGGGAAGCUGAGGGCAGUCCGGCGGAGCAAUGCCAAUGUGUUUUUCCUUUCAUUGAUUUCAAAUUAUUGCACCAUCAGGGAGGUAGUGAGGAGGCACUUCCAUCCGUAAGAGUCUUGCAACAUGAAAGCGAUAGCACUGCUGAAGAGAACCAAUCUCCAAGGACCAGCCAGCUCCUACACCAUAUCACUGAUGGUGACAAUCCUCUUCCAUCCCCUCGCUGUCCUAGCCUUACACAAAGCCAGAGGUUUAACAUGGAUCCAGAAUUAGCUCCUUCACCACCUUGUUCUCAGCAAUUUAUAAUGGCACGUGGACUUGUUAGUGCAAGCUCCUCAGAGGAUGCAAAGGAAUCUACUACAGUAGCGAUGCUAACAAAGCAUAUCCAGAACCUGAAGAAGAAAAUUAGGAAAUAUGAAGAACAAUUUGAACAGGAAAGGAACUAUAGGCCUUCUCACAACGACAAGACGGCACAUCCAGAAAUUAUGAAGCUGAUGAAUGAUCUUGCCAAAUCUCGUAAACAGUUAAAAGACCUUAAAUUAAAGCUAUCUGUAGAAGAGAUGCAUAAACAUGAAACUGAGCAGAGGGAAAUGGAAUCGGACUUAACUGGAGUUAAUGUUGAGCAUCAAGGUGCAGUAGAAUCACAGCAACAGAAACCUUCUAUUGAAGAGACUGUGGAAUGUCUAAUAAAACGUUUAAUGGAGAAACGGCAAGCACUAGGUCUUCCAGAGAAUAUGAAGGAAAUGACACACAAACAAAUGGCACUGGAGAAAGUUACUCUGCAGAAAAGUUUGCUUUAUUUUGAAACUCUUCAUGGACGUCCGUGUACAAAACAAGAAAGGAAUCUUAUGAAGCCGCUCUAUGACAGAUACAGGAUGAUCAAACAGCUCCUGUGUGCAUCUCCAGCCAUCACCACAAUUGAGGAAGAGGGUUCUGAUGAAGACAGUUUACAACAGAGCCCAGAACCACCUACCAGAAUAAUAUCGCAGAUUUCAACAGAGGAGUCUUUGUGUUCUCAGGAAGACGAUAAUGAGCCGGCCUUCGUGUCUCCCUUAGACGAGAUGAAAGCUGUUAGACAGCCAGCUGUUCCAAUAUCUCAUUUACAUGAAGCCUCCAUGCCUGAACUGCUGGAACACCUCAGAGAAACCAGAGCCGACAAGAAAAGGCUUCGGAAAGCAUUAAGAGAAUUUGAAGAACAAUUUCUUCGGCAGAUGGGAAGGAACGCUCAGAAAGAGGAUCGAAUCCCGAUGGCUGAGGAAUAUUACGAAUACAAACAUAUCAAGGCCAAACUUCGAUUGCUGGAGGUUCUUGUUAAUAAACAGGAUGCCUCCAAGGCCAUUUGAAAGAUUGAUUUUUACUUUCUUUCUUUCUAUGAAGCGUGUUUGUGCCAUAGAGACACACACUAACUACAAUGCACUUUAUCAGUCACCUUCUUUGGAAGAUGAAGCAAAGAGAAGACGGCGGCUGCUAAGCACCAGUUCUCUUGACAUGGCGGCGUCGGAGGAGGACGUGCAAUGGGGCUACUUGAUGGUGAAGUGUCACAUCGGACCUUAUUUCUAAAUUGAUUCUCGUUCUCCUGUAAAGUCACGUUGCUUGAAGAAGAUAAUCUUUCUUUUUUAAUUUGAUAUAUUUUUUUGGACCUUUAUGUAUUUUCUCCUCUUGUUUGAAGCUUUAUGGAAACGAACAGCACACGCAUCUCACUCAGGGUGAUAUGCAGAAAAGCAUGCAUCUGACGGAGCCCACCGCCUUUGUGCCAAAUCGAAUGUCUCUUGCCUAGAAUGACUGAUGAUUAUUUUUCAAAUCAACAGCGUUAUUAAUUCAUGGUGGGUUUCAACAGCAGAAACCACCCGUUGGCAUUUUCAGGGGAACUGAACGGAGGGUCGUCUGCAUCAUCAAGUAGUCGCGUUGAUAUGCAAUGAUAGAAACGAGCCAGGACGAGAGGGCGAUGGACGUGUUCGGCGUUUCUUUUUGUUUCAAUACAGCACUUUAUUUGUACACAAGGGGAACAGCAUUUUAUUUUUUAACCAAAGCGCUUUAAAAUUGUGCAGCUAAUGGUUGUUUACAGGCUUCUAGAUACUAAGAGCCAAAAAAAAAAACAGAGAUUUAGAUUGUUAUCCACAGAUGUCCGUCCACCACAGACGCAACACUAGGUGGGCUUCACCCGGGGGGUCAGGAAACAUGCAACCUGCAAAACUUGCACUCUUGUUAUUCCUUUUGCAGUGUAAUAUUCUUUUUAUUUGAAAUUGAUGUACAUUUUACGGCAUUUUAAUAUGGAAUGUUUCUGUAGUACAGUAAUGGUUACUGUGUUAACAUUUUGGUUGUUUUAUUUUUGUUUUGUUUUUUUUUUGACCUGCAGUGUGUAAAGAUUUACUGAGAAAUAUCUCUUUAAAGAUACAGUUUAGGGGUUUUAUUUUGGUUUUGUUAUGUGAGCUUUGAUCUUUCUCUGUUAGUGUUAAGGAAAACAGAUUUUGAUUAAUGCCUCAGUUUGAUCAUUUCAUUUUAAACACGGCCAUUACUAUAUAGCAUGCAGUGUAUAUGCAUGUGGGGAAAAACAAAAUGUCAUUUUCUUAUUUCCUAAGCAGAUGUCUGAUGUGCGCCAUUCGGAUUUGUUUGGUUUCCUUCCUCUGAACCUGCCUGCUCUCCAACGGAUUGCGCGAGCCGCUGAAUUAACCGUAGCUUACUUAGUGAAAGGGUUCAUCAGCUUGACGACAGCGGAGUCUCACAAGUGCAUCAAUUGUUAGGUUUGAAACUCGUGAUAGUGUGUUUGUACAUUUUUUUUAUACAAAAGUGAAAAAUAAAUAUUUUUUCUAUCACAUUUA